AGAAUAAGCUAAAAUAAAUUCAGAUAGAAAAGCGAAAACUAUCUUCAGCUUCAGAGGCUUUUCCAGCUAUGGCCGCCGAGGAUUCUCCAGACGUCGAUACGAGUCUCGAUUCCGAUUCAAACCAUAACGCCAACGCUAAUGCUGAUGUGAAGUUGAACAAUCACGACUCUUCCAAUGCGUUGGCAAUCCCUUCUCCCGCCGUUUGUCUCGUCCGUUUCGCCGGAGACGCUGCUGGCGGCGCCGUCAUGGGGUCUGUAUUCGGAUAUGGUUCCGGAUUGUUUAAGAAGAAAGGGUUUAAGGGAUCAUUUGCGGAUGCGGGUCAGUCUGCAAAGACUUUUGCGGUUCUAUCAGGAGUACACACUUUGGUUGUUUGCCUUCUGAAGAAACUGCGUGGGAAAGAUGAUGCGAUUAACGUUGGAGUUGCUGGUUGCUGCACCUGACUUGCUCUUAGUUUCCCCGGUGCACCACAAGCAAUGCUGCAAAGCUGUAUCACUUUUGGAGCCUUUUCUUUCAUCCUUGAAGGACUCAACAAAAGACAAACAGCUUUGGCUCACUCUGUCUCGCUGAGGCAUGAUCAAAGCAGAAGUCUCAAAGAUGAGUUACCGCUCUCUUUGGCUCUCCCAAUCCAUGAAGAAAUCAAAGGAGCUUUCUCUUCUUUCUGCGACUCCUUAACAAAACCCAAGAAGCUCGCAUUUCCCCGCCCACGUUGAGUUUUUUUGUAUCUUGCCAACCUCUUGUAAUGACUUUUUGUAGAUGUUGAAAAAACAGAUGAAAAUGGAUUUGCGGCUUGAGCCAAUG